AUGGCUCCCGCACCUACCGCUGCUGGUGUCCCCGCCACUGUCCCCGCCAAGACCGUCAAGGGCUCGGCUGGCGCUGCUGCCAAGAGCGGCGCCGCCGCCGAGAAGAAGGAGGCCAGCGCCGAGACCGACGCCCUCCUCUCCGGCGACAAGGAUGCCGCCCAGGAGCUCACCAACCUCGUCAAGAUCGAGGGUCCCGCUGCUCUGGCCAACCUCGGCAUCGAGGCCGUCAUCCUCAAGGGCCUCGGCGACAAGAAGAACGCCGCCGGCCGCGAGGGCGCCUGCGCUCUCCUCUCCAACCUCUGCGAGCAGGGUGUCGGCCACGAGGUCGAGCCUUUCCUCUUCGAGAAGGUCCUCACCCCCCUCGUCGAGGCCAUGGGUGACAAGGAGAAGGCCGUCCAGAAGGCUGCCCUCGACGCCCUCAAGGCUUUCGUCCAGGUCAUGUCGCCCUGGGCCACCCCCCAGCUGCUCAAGGUCAUCCUCGAGCAGGCCCGCUCCGCCGGCAAGUGGCAGGUCAAGAUCGGCUGCAUCACCCUCCUCGAGGAGCUUGUGACCGUCAGCUCCGAGCGCAUGGCCGCCCUCAUGCCCGAGAUCAUCCCCGUCAUGACCGAGGUCAUCUGGGACACCAAGUCCGACGUCCAGAAGGCUUCGCGCGCCGCCCUCACCAAGCUCUGCGUGCUCAUCUCCAACAAGGACAUUGAGCGCUUCAUCCCCGCCCUCAUCAACUCGCUCAUCCACCCCGUCGAGGAGGUGCCCAAGACCAUCCAGCUCCUCUCGGCCACCACCUUCGUCCAGGAGGUCGACAGCGCCACCCUCGCCCUCAUGGUGCCCCUGCUCUCGCGUGGUCUCAACGAGCGCCCCACCGCCACCAAGCGUAAGGUCGCCGUCAUCAUCGACAACAUGACCAAGCUCGUCGACAACGAGCGCACCGUCCGCCCCUUCCUCGGCAAGCUCCUCCCCGGCUUGAUCAAGAUCGAGUCCACCCUCGCCGACCCCGAGGCCCGUGGUGUCGUCCAGCGCGCCAUCAAGACGCUCCGCGAAGUCGGCAACGUCACCGGCGACGGCUCCGACGUCAAGCCCCUCGAGGACGUCAGCAUCAAGGCCUCGCUCGAGCAGGUCAACAAGGCGCUUGGCGAGCAGAGCCUCCAGGCCCAGGCCAACCUCGGCGCCUACGUUGCCACCCUCGUUGCCAACCUCGCCAACGCCCGCAACUUCGAGCUCACCGAGUGGGAGGGUGCCCUCAUCCCCUACAUCACCCUCAUCAAGGGCUCCAAGCCCGAGCAGGCCAAGGCCGUCAGCAAGGCGCUUCUCACUGCUCUCGCCAAGGAGACCGGUGACUCGGUCGAGAUCUUCGACGACGAGGAGGAGGGUGAGGACCUCUGCAACUGCCAGUUCUCGCUCGCCUAUGGUGCCAAGAUUCUCCUUAACACCGCCACCCUGCGUCUGAAGCGCGGCCACAAGUACGGUCUCUGCGGCCGUAACGGUUCGGGCAAGUCGACGCUCAUGCGCGCCAUCACCAACGGCCAGGUCGAGGGCUUCCCAUCGCCCGAGGAGGUCCGCACCUGGUACGUCGAGCACGACCUCGACGGCUCCGAGGGUCUCACCACCGUCCUCGAGUUCAUUCUCGCCGACAAGCGCCUCAGCAUGACCCGCGAGGAGGCCGUCUCCACCCUCCACGAGGUCGGCUUCGACGACGCUCGUCAGAACUCGCCCAUCGCCGGUCUCUCCGGUGGCUGGAAGAUGAAGGUCGCCCUUGCCCGCGCCAUCCUCUUCAAGGCUGACAUCCUGCUGCUCGACGAGCCCACGAACCACUUGGACGUCGUCAACGUCAAGUGGAUCACCGACUACCUCAUCGGCACCCCGGCCACCGCCAUCAUCGUCUCGCACGACUCCAAGUUCCUUAACGACGUCUGCACCGACAUCCUCCACCUCAACCGCUUCAAGGUGAAGCGAUACCCGGGUAACCUCGACGCCUUUGUCAAGCGGGUCCCCGAGGCCAGGGCCUACGCCGAGCUCAACACCGGCGAGGACUACUCGUUCAAGCUGCCCGACCCUCCUCUGCUGGACGGUGUCAAGACCAAGGAGAAGUCGCUCAUCAAGAUGAAGGACGUCACCUUCCAGUACCCCGGCACGCCCGCUCCCCAGCUCAAGGGUGUCAGCAUCCAGAUCUCGCUCGCCUCGCGUGUCGCCAUCCUCGGCCCCAACGGUUCGGGCAAGUCGACGCUCGUCAAGCUCGUCGUCGGCGACACCGAGCCCGGCUCCGGUGAGAUGUGGAAGCACCCCAAUCUGGUCAUCGGCUACGUCGCCCAGCACGCCUUCCACCACAUCGACCAGCACCUCGACAAGACCCCCCUCGACUACAUGCUCUGGCGUUACCAGACCGGCGAGGAUCUCGAGGAGCACAUGAAGGCCAACCGUGAGCUCUCCGAGGAGGAGAAGCUCGCCAUGAAGCAGGGCGAGGUCUACGUCGUCGAGGGCGUCAAGCGCCUCAUCGAGGAUAUCGUGGCUCGUAAGAAGCUGAAGAACUCGUUCCAGUACGAGGUCUCGUUCAAGAACAUGUCGUCGGCCGACAACGUUUGGAUCCCCCGUGACGAGCUCAUCAAGCGUGGCUUCGAGAAGAAGGUCAUGGCGUUCGACUCGAAGGAGGCGCAGCGUCUCGGUAUGAACCGACCCCUUGUGCGCAAGGAGAUCGAGCAGCACUUCGAGGACUUCGGUCUGGAGCGCGAGUUCACCUCGCACAACACCAUGCGCGGUCUCUCGGGUGGUCAGAAGGUUAAGGUCGUGCUUGGUGCCGCCACGUGGCGCAAGCCCCACAUCAUCGUGCUCGACGAGCCCACCAACUUCUUGGACCGUGAGUCGCUCGCCGCGCUCAUCAAGGCCAUCGAGAGCUUCCAGGGCGGUGUUGCGAUCAUCACGCACUCGCGCGAGUUCUCCGAGGGUACCUGCAAGGAGAUCUGGGCCAUGAACGACGGUGUCCUCGUCGCUUCCGGCCACGACUGGACCGAGUCCAACUCCAAGGGUACCAAGAUCGAGACCCAGGAGGACGACGAGGACAAGUUCGACGCUCUUGGCAACAAGCUCGAGAAGGUCAAGAAGGUCAAGAAGGAAUCGGCGUCAGACAAGCGAAAAGCGCGUAAGGACCGUCUUGCCAAGAAGAAGGCCGGCACUUACGACAGCGCCGACGAGCUGGAGGACCUUUGA